UGCACGCUAGCAAGAAGAAGCGAACGCUCUAGCUCAGUUUGCCACAAUCACAAUUUCAUUCUUUAGUUUUUUGGGUUUUCCGUUACAAACAACACAAGAAAUUACAAAAACUAUCAAAUGCUAAACAAAAGUAGGCCGAAAUACACGCAGCUGCAAAAGUUUUACGUCAAUUAAAGGUCUGUGCGCAUCAAUAUACAACGUUCAGUUAUUUACCGAAAACGGUACUCACCACAACAACAACUGAUGUCCGACCAACGUACACACACAAAUAAUAUACAUACAAAAGAUACGUAGAUACGUGGGUGAAGCGACAGCAAAACAAACUGAAACCGAAUUUUUAAACUGUAACCGAUUCUUCCAAGUCACCAGCUGUGCACACAGCUCUACGUCACCCACACACACACACACGCAUAUUUGUAUAAAUAUAUAUAUCCAUAUAUAUAUAUACACAACCACCGAUUGUGCACAUAUGGAUUUAUCAGCAUCAACUUCAAGUGACUCGACAAUGGGUACUCCGGAGCAGAAGAGCAAAUCGUAUAUUGGCGAUAGCACGUUCUAUGACAGUGCUCUGGAUCAUCAGCUAUCCACAACCAACUACAGAUCCUGCAAUGAAAGCCUCAAUGGAGACUUUAAUCAAAGCGCAGGACACACCAAUUAUGCACACAAAAUGUUAAACGUCGAGAAUUUUGAUGCCCACAACGGCAAUGCCAUGGGCAACGGGAACGAGGCAGCCAAUUAUAAUACCUAUGCUCCGCUUUCAGCUGCUCCUACCUCGCAAACAACUAAUGCUGCGGCCAUAAAUGCCAGCAUGCUGUUAUUACAAUCCGAGAGCACAGAUACGAAUACAUCGCAGGAGGAGGUCGAUCCAAAGUCUCAGCUGGCCAAUAAGACAAUAUUUAAGACCGAUAAUCCCAAUUUGUCAAUUAUAGAAAUUAAUGAGAACUCCAUUAAGGAGGAAGAUCUAGAGAAAGAGGUGGUGCUAAUCGAGCGCCUCUCGACCGAUCAUAACGACGAGGCCGUAGAAAAGUUUAAGAACAUACUGAGAAAGUCACCCAGCAAAGUGCCGGACAUUGCAACAGAAAAGCGACGCCGCAAAGCCGACACCCUGCUGCAGUCAAGCAAACAAAAAUUGGACAUAUCUAUAGCUGAAGCAUCCGCAGCAGCGGAUGGAGGCGGCGACACACAACUGCAGUUAGCGGAGCCAGCGGCUACAUCGAACAGUGAUCAGCCGCAAACCAAGCGCGAAAUCGUCAUCUACGAUACUUUGGAGGAAUUCGACCAAAAUUUACCCUCGACGGUUACCCUGUUGAAUACACCAUUUGGCAGCAAGGUCUAUCUUGUGGGCACGGCACACUUUAGCGAGGAGUCACAGGAUGACGUCUCUUAUGUCAUUCGCAAUGUCCGUCCAGAUGUGGUCAUGGUUGAGCUAUGUCCAUCCCGUGUACACAUACUCAAGCUCGAUGAGAAGACUCUGUUGGAGGAGGCCAAAAACAUAAAUAUACCCAAAAUACGCGGCAUUCUGCAGACCCAUGGCUAUAUCAAUGGCAUCUUCUUUAUUCUGCUGCUGCAGAUGAGCGCACAAAUUGCCAAGGAUCUGGGCAUGGCCCCAGGCGGUGAGUUUCGACGCGCAUUCGAAGAGAUACACAAGCUGCCCGGCUGCAUUUUGCAUCUGGGCGAUCGACCCAUACGCAUCACACUUUAUCGUGCUCUGCGCGCCCUUUCCUUGUGGCAAACCAUGAAGCUGGUUUGGCGUCUGACCUUUACGGAUAGUAUCAGCAUUGAGGAGGUGGAGGAGUGCAAGCAGCGUGAUCUGCUGGAGAAAUUAAUGCAGGAAAUGGCUGGCGAAUUUCCAGCCUUUUCGGAUGUGUUCGUACGCGAACGUGAUCUCUAUUUGUGUCACUCACUGCAAUUGGCUGCACUGCCGCAGGCGGCGCCAGGUGCCCAUCAGGUGCGUCCCGUGCGUGUCGUUGGCGUUGUAGGCAUUGGACAUGCAAAUGGCAUUGCAAAAAUGUGGGGCCAAGUGGAUCCCGAGAAGAUACCGGCCAUACUUGAAAUACCACCGGCCAGCCUCAGUCAGCGGCUCUGCAAGAAUACCCUCAAGUAUGGCCUCAUCGGACUGGGCUGCUAUGGCGCCUUUCGUUUUGUGAGGCCGCGUCUGACGCGUUUCUUUUAAGUUGAUUGUGGACCAUGUUUCUCGAUUUUGUUGACUUUGUUUCUCGAUUUUAAGUGACACGCCCGCAUCAAUUAUGUAUGGGCGUUGACGAUAUGAUAAGUAUUGUGAGUACUUGAUGCUUUUGAUAGAACGUGUUUACAACACAUAAAUAUAUA